AUGGCUAAAGAUGACUCCGAGCAUGAUCAGGAUCAAUCUGAACUUAAAUAUUUUUUCCUUACUGAAAUCAGCAAAAUUAUCCGGAUUUAUGUGAAAUAUUUCAAUUCCAUAUACAUGAGAAGCAGGGAGUCGCUCUCUAGGAUAUUCGAAGCGUGCAGAGACGCCCACUCCGUAGCUCAGCUCCACUCCCUCCUCUUCCGGACCGGCCUCUUCGCGGCUCCCGACUGCUUCUUUGCCACCCGCCUCACCGCUUCAUAUGCCCGCAUCACUCAUCUCGAGUCCGCCCGCAAGCUAUUCGACGAAAUACCCCAUCCAAACACCUUCCUCUGGAACGCGAUCCUCCGCGCCCACUCCCGUGCCCGCCAAUGGCCCGAAACCCUCCGCCUCUUUCACCGUAUGUGCCGCUCCUCCCCGUCACAUCACCGCCCCGAUGCCUUCACUCUGCCCAUCGCCCUCAAGGCCUGUGCUGCAUUCUCCGCGCUUGGCACCGGCAAAGCCGUCCAUGGUCUUGUUGUCAGGACCCACCGUGUCAGAUCCGAUAUGUUCGUGGGCGCGGCUCUCGUCGAGAUGUAUGCAAAAUUCGGAGACAUGGGAGAUGCUCUCCGAGUGUUUGAGGGAUUUCCUGAGCCAGAUGUUGUGCUUCGGACUUCCAUUGUUUCUGGGUACCAGCAGAAUGGUGAGGCUGAUAUGGCAGUGUCGUUCUUCUCUCGAAUGUUUUUGGGGAAAUCUGUGACUCCUGAUCCAGUGACCCUUGUCAGUGUGGUAUCUGCUCUUGGGCAGCUUGGGGAUCUUCAUUCUGGAAAAUCCUGCCACGGUUUUGUGAUCAGAAUGGGUUUUGAGUCCGACUUGUCUCUGAUGAAUUCUAUUUUGAAUCUAUAUGCGAAGCUGGGUGUGGUCAAAAUGGCAAAAAGAUUGUUUGACGUGAUGCCUCGAAGAGAUGUUAUAUCUUGGAGUUGUAUGGUAGCUUGUUAUGCUCAAAAUGGGAAUCCUACUGAAGCUUUAAAUGCUUAUAGGAGGAUGAAUGAUGUGGGAUUAGAGCCCAAUUCGGUUACUUUGGUUAGUGCUCUUCAGGCUUGCGCACUUGCUUUAGAUCUGGAAGAAGGCAAAAGGGUACAUGAACUUGUGAUUCAGAAAGGAUUGGAAUCAGAGUUGGCUGUUUCCACUUCUCUGGUUGAUCUGUACAUGAAGUGUUCAAGUUACAGAGAAGCAAUGGAUAUCUUCAAUCGAAUGCCAAAGAAGGAUGCAGUCUCCUGGGCUGCCAUCAUAGGUGGUUAUGCGCAAAAUGGUUUGCCCAAUGAGUCCUUGAGAGUGUUUAAAGGUAUGCUUUUGGAUGGAUCGAUUCCUGAUGCAGUUAUAAUGGUGAAGGUUCUGAAAGUAUGUUCUCAGUUGGGAAUUCAGCACCAAGCUGUCUGCCUCCAUGGUUACUUGGUCACGAAUGGUUUUGAGAACAAGGUGUUUGUGGGUGCUGCUCUUGUAGACUUGUACUCCAAGUGUGGCAACCUGGAUAGUGCUGUCAGGGUAUUUGAAAGCAUGGAGGAGAAAGACGUGGUGCUGUGGACUUCAAUGAUUGCAGGUUAUGGAAUUCAUGGCCUUGGCAGCAGAGCAAUUGCUACAUUUGAGCGCAUGAUUAAAUCAUCAGUUAAACCUAACAAUGUCACGUUUGUAUCUAUCUUGUCUGCAUGCAGCCAUGCUGGAUUGGUUGAGCAGGGAAGAAGGAUUUUUGAUAGCAUGAACCAUGUUUAUGGGGUGGUGCCUGUUUCGGAGCAUUAUGGUGUCAUGGUUGAUCUUCUUGGGCGUGGUGGACAAUUGCAUGAGGCCAUGAUGCUCAUAGAGCGUAUGCCAAAACCUGUUGACCCUGAUGCUUGGUGUGCUUUGCUAGCUGGCUGUAGAAUACACCAGAACAUUGAGAUGGGUGAGUUAGUUGCAAAAAAUUUUCUGGAACUGCAACCUUACCAUGCUGGUUACCAUAAUCUUCUGUCUAACAUGUAUGCUUUUGAUGCUAAGUGGGAUAAUGUGACAGAGGUUAGAACAGUGAUGGAGGAGACAGGGUUAACAAAAUUACCUGGGUAUAGUGCAGUCGAGGUUGGUAAUGAGGUUCACACUUUCUUGGCAGGUGAGAGAUUGCAAGGAUGGGAGAGGAUUUAUGAGUUGUUGAGGGAAUUAGCAGUGAAGAUGAGGGUGGAAGGUUGUGUUCCUUUUGAGGAAGGUUUGGUUGACUGCCAAUUAGAGGAGGAAUGUUUGGUUGAGGCCUGUCCAUAAGAGAUUCCCUGGAAGUGCAAAAUAUAUACCUAAAAAUUUUAUUCAUGGGAAUCUUUUCUUCAUUUCUAGAACCUAAGGUAAAGGCCACUGAUCAGCAGCUUUUGUCUUGCCUCCACUGACCACCAACCCUAGGUUUAGAUUCUCAUCAGCUGCCUCUAUGGGGACCCUAUGCUGGGUCUGCUGUUGUGAUUCAAUCAAUCUUUUACCCAGCACCCACUGCUUAUCUGGCAUCGCUCAAGUGAAGUGAAGCUUCAAUAUUUUUCCCCUCAUCUGAUCAAACAGGUAACUGAUGGCGUGUGCGAUGUGUAGCUGUUCUUGGGGCAUUGCCAGCCUCCGGUAUGAUUGGUACUCAAGUAGUUGAGGAGGAAGGCAUUGGAGAGCUCGAUAUGUGAAGUGAUGGUAGGUCAAAUUGCUUUAGUGAAGCAUUGUAAACAAGUGGAGUAGGAGAUGCUGUCCUUGAGCAAGUGGAGUAGAAGAUGCUCAAAAAGUGAUGCAAUACUUAAGGUAUCAUCAACAAACAUUAAAAGUUUAGCUUACCAUUGCAUCUUAAUUUGCAAUUAUCUGGAGAGAGG